AUGCCUGAUCCGCCCCCUGCCAGGCUCUCAGCCCCGGAUGCUACACUGCCCCUUGACCCUGGACGAGUCCCUGACACUAUAGACAUGUCUUCCUCUUUGUCUGAGAGGCAGUCUUCGGACGAUCUGUCACUAGAUGUUCCAUCCGCGCUGCUGGUACUUAUCGCGCUGCGGGCAUCUGUGCUGCGGUUAUUCAUGCUGCAGGUAUUAAUGGGGCUAAUCCCCGGAGCUGCAAGAUCUGCACUCUCAAUGACAGGGCUGAUCCCCGGAGCUGCAGGUUCUGCACUCUUCACGAUGGGGCUAAUCCCUGGAGCUGCAAGUUCUGUGCUCUUCAAGCUUGGGAAGCCACUUACCGGAUCUAUCUCGUAUCCAUAG